UUCAGUUUCAUGUGUGUUACCUUGAUGGUGUUUAGUGUUUGUGUGAAUGACACUGUGCACCUUCUAUAUAUGUUAAAAUUUAAAAGCUUCUUGUGAUGGGCUUUGGUUCAUCAUGUGACUUUCUCACCACCACCUGCUUUUGGUGGUUAUCAGUGUAUUAUAAAGGCACAAAACAGAUAUCAGUACUUCAGCAGGUUGGUAUAUUAACGCUGCCCUACAAAGGCAAAAGACCUUAACUCGCUAGAGUGUGAAAAUGAGAAAAAUGACUUUAAAGUUUUUUAUUUGUCCAGCCAAAUUAAUUGCAGAUAGGACACUAGAAAUUUGGCAAUUAGAUGUUUUAGCAAUGAAAAUUAUCUACAUUAAAAAAAACUGUGAGCUCGAACUUGAUUUUUACCCGUAUUUCGAAGUUAGUGUACUCUGCCUUUGCAGUGUCUGCAAAAAGUGAGAAGUCACACCAAGGCAAAAGGCAGUAACUUCCUCUGUGUACCACUAGAGGGAGCCUGAGUACCACAACUGGUAAUUGUACCACACUUUGCUAUGCUCAGUAAUAUAAAAGAAUGCUAGGCAUAGCAUAAUAGCUUUUAUAUUGACUUGAAUGAAAUAGCCUAACCUAAAUGAAUGGCCAGAAUGCUUGUGGAUUGAUUUUAUCAGGUUACAAGAAAAGGUAGGAUAUGGAUUUAAUUGCAAACUGUUUGUAGCCUACUGAUUUUAUAAUUGAUCAUGCUACAUGCUACGACAUUCUAUUCCACAUGCGUCCAACUAGAAGUGACAGCCUGCUGAAUAAUCUGCAUUAUAAAAAAGGAAAAAAAAAAAAAAAUUUAAAGAUUAGUCACGAUUACAUAUUGUUGCCAAUAUCUCUGUACAGUGCAUUAUUAUAUGGAGCUGUCUGGCUGAUCGCUAUCUAUCCAAUUUGUUUGUCUAAUGCUUCAGUGACAGAUAAGAUGUGUGAAAGUAUACAAGUUACACCGCAAUUAAAACACGGCAGACUUUAUUGGACAGUAAAACAAAGGCAGAAUACCAUAUAACUCUGAGUUAGCUAAUUUCAUACUGACACAUGGCUAAACAAAGGCAUAACGCCAUAACUCAAUUUGAGCGUUCCAAACAAAGUUAAAGAGUGGUAAUUGGUGUUAUACGGUGUUCUGCCUUUAUUUUCUCCAGGGGCUGGUUGCAUAAACAUAGCCAUUAUCUUAAGACUGUGUCUAAGAAUAAGCCUGAUCAACUAAAGUCAGUGGGCAAAGACUGUUGCAUAAAACAAGUUCAUGGUUGUCUUUAGUAAGACAGUCUAAUUUGCACUGCAUUGUGGGAAAAGUAAGACGCUAAACAGCUUAAACAAAAUGGCCGACAGUGGGCGCUCGUCGCAGUUUUCCUUUGCUGAAAAUAUUUGCAUAUUGGAGGAAUACAAUGCUGCAAAAUCGAUUUUAAUGAACAAAUUUAGCGAUUACAAUGCCAACAAUAAAAAACACAAGGCUUGGUCCACAAUAACGGAUAAAGUUAAUAGUAUAAAUCCUUCUGUCCCGCGGACCGUCAAAGAUGUACAGAAACGGUUUAAAAACAUGGUGCAGGAAGCAAAGAAGGAAAUAUUCAAACGAAAAAAACCAGCAACGGGAGGAGGACCAAGUGCAAAAUUAAAAAAAACAACAGAAAUUAUCAUUGAAAUAUAUGGCGAUGAAUCACCAAUGUUUUGGGGAAUCCCUGGAGGGAGGGAGAGCGGAGUUUCCUGCGUGACUUCACCUGCUGCUGGGGAAAAUACAUCGCCUCACACAGCUGUUGCAUCAGCGUCGCUUGGACAGUCUCCUGAUUGCGAGGUAACGUUAACGUUGGUCACUGAAGAAGCGCCAGUGACAAGUCAGGACCAAACAACACAAGGAGAAGAUUUGGACAGCACCCAAGUGGCACCUGCAGGAAGUGGCUCAGACACAGAGUCACAGAAAGGCACUGCAAGCAAAAUAACCAUGAACCAUAUACUGGAAAAACAAUAUGAAGUAUUAACACUGGAGGAAGCAAAACUAAAAUUAGAAAUACAAAAACUGGAAUUAGAGAAAACUAAGCUAACACUGGAGAUACAGAAGCUUGGACAUGAACUUUAGAUCUCAUUGACUGAAGUAUUAAUCAGUUAACUACUUAAUUCCUGAGAUUUUCUAGCUGACUUAUACAGGUAAAUGAAAGCAAUGUUUCUAUACAAAUAACUUUAGGUGUAUUUAAUAGAUUUGACAUGUAUUUAAGUAAAUAUUAGUGUAGUUCUAUUUAAGUGAUUUGAAGAUUAUAUUGUAUUUCAGAAGUUACUACUGAUCCUGUGUAUUUUUUUUUUUUUUUUGUAAAUAUUGGUUUGAUUAAAUUAAA